UAAUUAGUCUAACACCAAAGUACAGUUCCUGCAAUUUAUCAUGGAAAGACUCUACGAUCAUAUCAAGGAAUUGAAGGCUUCUUAUACAAAUUAAUGUUGAAUCAAUCUUAUUUUUAACGCAUCACUAAAACGAAGAUUUAUGUUUAAACGAAGGAACAAGAUGCAUUUAUUGAGUCCGAUUUAAUCUAACUUACAACGUAGUAAGAUGAUUUUGUAGAAUUAAUAUGAGUUAAUUCAUUUAAUAAUUUAAUCGUAUUAAAUAACUUAAACGUUAAAUAAGUAGUAAUUACUUUUAUUUAUAAAAGUAACCAACGUUUCUAAAACAACCAAAAGAUGUCACUAACACUUAAAACGUCAAUUUGACAGAUUAAGCGACAAAAAAUCCUAACCUUAUCACUUCCAUUCACGUUCAACCUAGAAAAUUGUGAAAUUUUACGUAAAUUUGUACAAUGAAUUCGGAAGAAGCUCAAAUUCAAUCCGAUUUUUUCCUUAGGGAAAUACCCAAUGUUAAAAUAGCACCUCCAAUUGUAGAAUAUAAAAAACCCAACGUGAAAGAAGAGUUAAAAUGUCUACAAUUAUCCAAUGAAUCGCAAGAGAUGAUUAUGGACACUUUGAGGUAUAUCCAUGGAGAGGAUUUCUCUUUGAGUAAUGUAACCGAUUACGUAGAUAAAGGAACUAAAUUUAUGAAAAAAUACCAUCUGCAACGUGGAAAUUUAGUAAUUAAAGGUAUAACACAUUUUUCGAACGCAAAUGAACCACAAAACGAUGCAGAUAGAUUCAAGAUGUUUGCUGUAAUGAGAUUAGAAACUUACGGUUUUCAUAAAGAACAUUGUUUAGAAGCCAUAGAAUAUUUUCCCGAAAUUGAAGAUGCUUUAUCCGCUUUAUAUUACAAAUAUUUCAAUGUAAACAAAAAUGAAUUGGAGGAAUUUAGCGAAAAGGAACUCUUGGAGCUACGAGAAGAUGAAAAAUGCGUUUUAGAGUCAAUAUACGAAUCCGAUUUUAAAGAAAAAAUUAAAAACGAAGUUUGGAUUUUGAGUUUUAAAUUAGAUUAUCUCGUUUCACAUUUUUAUCCAAGAAAGAUAGUCAAAAAACCGGUUGAAGUAAAAAAGAAAGAAAAAUGUCGAAAUUUUCUCAGAACGGGGCAAUGCAAAUUUGGUUUAAAAUGUCGAUUUUCGCACGAAGAGGAAGUCCGAGAAGCGCCAUCUUUGGACGGACAUUUAAACGAUUAUUCAUUCGAUUUAGAAAUAAGAUUUCCCAAAAACACAAAGUAUCCGCACGAACCGCCGUUAAUUUUUUUAAAAACUAAUUUAUUAAUGAGCGAAUUAAUGAAUUUACAUAUUACUAAAAGAUUACUUGAAGAAGCUUCUAGUUUAGCUUCAGGCGGAAUGGGUUCGAUUUAUUCCAUAGCUGAAUUAUUAAAAAAUGAAGACGAAAUUUUAAGUUUUCUUAAAACCAACGAGGUUAAAUUUGUUUCUCCAUCAACGAAAUUAUUUUCAAAUCAAAAUGAUAAAGUUACAAGCGUUAAGAAAUCGUUGUAUUACAAAAAAGGUUACACGAAUAAAGAGAGAAAAAAUUUUAGUUUAAAUCAAUUAUUAGAUGAUGAUGAAAAAAUUGCUAAAACGUUUAAAUCGAAAAAUUCCGAUUUAAAAUAUAUGAAAAUGCAAGAUUUUCGAAAAACUCUACCCGCUUGGUCAAUGAAAUCCGAAAUCAUCGAAACGAUAAAUAAUUCUAAAGUUGUUGUUAUUAGCGGUGAAACUGGAUGUGGAAAAAGCACUCAAGUACCGCAAUUUCUUCUUGAUGAUUGGUUAGGAAACUUUUCAAAAACAAAAAGUGGUCAUCGAGAGAUCAUUUGUACCCAACCUAGGAGAAUAUCCGCUAUUGGAGUGGCUGAAAGAGUCGCGGAAGAACGAUUAGAAAAAAUUGGGAACACAAUCGGUUAUCAAAUUCGAUUAGAAAGUAAAAUUUCAAAUCUCACAAGAUUAUCGUUUUGCACAACCGGAAUUUUAUUACGCCGAUUAGAAAUCGAUCCACUUCUAGCUAAUGUUUCACACGUCGUCGUCGAUGAGGUCCACGAACGAAGUGUUGAAAGCGAUUUUCUUUUAUUAGUCCUCAAAGAUUUAUUAAAAAAAAGAUCUGAUUUAAAAGUAAUUUUAAUGAGCGCCACAUUAAACGCAGAAUCGUUUUCAAAUUAUUUCGGCGACGUUCCGGUUUUUGAAAUCCCUGGGAGAACUUUCCCGGUUGAACAGUAUUUCUUAGAGGAUAUCCUAGAUGAAACAAACUUUUUGUUCGAAGAUAAUUCGGCGUUUAUGCGACAAAUCGAUAUUGAUUUUACGGAAAUUGAUGCAAAAAUUGAACGAUCAUUUCAAUUUCAAAAUUUUAUGCCAAGGGAUAAUGUUAAAGAUGAAAAUUUGGCUAUUGAACAAGUAUUUGCUCGAUAUCAUGAGUAUUCAAAAUCAACUUGCAAAAACUUAUUUUUAAUGGAUCACGAAAAAAUCAAUUUGGAUUUAAUCGAGCAUAUUUUAAGAUGGUUCGUUGAAGGUAACCACGAGCACCCAAGGGAUGGUUCAAUUUUAAUUUUUUUACCUGGAAUUAACGAAAUAACCGCUUUGUACCAAGAAUUAAACGUCUCUGAUCUUUUUGGUCAUAAAAAUGGAAACUUUUUGCUCGUCCCUUUACACUCAAGUUUAACCAGCGAAGAACAAGCUUUAAUUUUUAAAAAACCUAAAGAUGGUGUUAGAAAAAUAGUAAUUUCAACAAACAUAGCUGAAACUUCUAUAACAAUAGACGAUUGUAUUUUUGUGAUCGAUUGUGGUAAAAUGAAAGAAAAACAUUUCGAUUCAAAUAGGAAUAUGGAAAGUUUAGAAACCGUUUGGGUAACGCGGGCGAACGCCCAACAAAGAAAAGGUCGUGCUGGAAGAGUAAAACCCGGUGUUAGUGUACACUUAUUCACCCAACACCGAUUCAAACAUCAUUUAUUACCUCAACCAAUACCGGAAAUUCACCGAAUUCCUUUAGAACAAGUCAUUUUGGAUAUUAAAGUUUUACAAAACUUUUCCGAACGAACCGUUUUCCAAGUUUUAGAUAACAUUUUAGAUCCUCCAAUAAAAGAAAAUAUUGAUUCUGCGAUUAUUCGUUUAAAACAUGUUGGAGCUUUAGAUCAAGAAGAUAAUUUAACACCGUUAGGACAUCAUUUAGCUUCGUUACCUGUCGAUGUAAAAAUUGGAAAGUUGAUUCUUUAUGGUGCUAUUUUCGGUUGUGUUGAUUCCGCGUUGACGAUGGCGGCCGUUUUAAGUUCAAAAACUCCCUUCGUUACGCCGUUUAAUAAGAAAAAUGAGGCCGAUGCGAAAAAAAGGGAAUUUUCCGCUGGGAAAAGUGAUCAAAUCACCGCUUUAAGAGCUUAUAAAAAAUGGUUAUCAAUGCAUAAAAAGAGUCGUUUGUCGGGACAAAACUUUGCUAAUGAAAAUUAUAUGUCAAUUAAAACUUUGUUAACGAUCGGAGAUAUUAAAUAUCAAUUUUUGGAGUUUUUGGUUAGUAUUGGAUUUAUUCCUGUUGAUUUGAGGAAUAGGAGAAAGAGUGGAAUUGAUGAUGUUUUAGGAAUUACAGGAAAUGAGUUCAAUAAAAAUGGUGAUAAUACAAGGUUAUUAUCAGCGAUUUUAUGUGCUGCUCUUUAUCCAAAUGUAUGUAAAGUGUUAACUCCUGGUAUGUCUUACGUUAUGAGCGCUGCUGGAGCAAUUCCAGUUCAACCAGAUGCAAAAGAUUUAAAAUUUUGGACGAAAACCGAACAAGUUUUCAUUCAUCCAAGUUCGAUUAUUUCAAAAAUAGGAAAUUUUGAAAGCCCUUACUUAAUAUUUCAAGAAAAGUUUAAAACCAGCAAAGUCUUUCUAAGAGAUUGCAGCAUGGUUCCAACUUUAGCUUUGGUUCUUUUCUCCGGUUUUGACAUUGAGAUAAACGUCCACAAUGGAAUGAGCUUUUUGGUUAUUGAAGACGGUUGGAUAACUUACAGAGUUGAGGAACAUAAGAUUGCAGAAAUGGUUAAAAUGAUAAGGUUAGAAUUGGUUUCGUUGCUUGAGGAAAAAAUUAAAGAUCCCCUCUUAAAUUUGAUGCAUCAUGAGAAGGGGUCGAAGAUUAUAUCUGUGAUAAAUCACUUAAUCAUGAAUGAAUGACAAAUUAUUUUUUGUUCAAUUUAUGUGAUAAAAACCAAUUAAUAAAUGAGAUGUAUAAAUAAGUUAA